AUUGCCUGCUCGCUCACCUGUCAGACUGCACAGGACACUGUGGUAGAGGGAACGCUGUCCCUCCUUUUCUCUUCCCGUCUUUGUCUCUCCUUAAAUCUCACUUUCUGACCCACCUUACUUUUAUUCCCUGUUUCUCUCUGCUGUUUUUGAAGAUGUCUAAGGGCAAGGUGAAUUUUUGCAGCAAUGAGGAUAAUUUCCAGGAUUUCCAGGAACAAGGGCCAACUCUCUCAUUCAGCAACUUGCACUAUUGUAUUCAGCAGACGAGACUGUGCUUUAAGAUCGGUCCUGAAAAACACAUCCUCAAAGAUGUGAGUGGCAUCAUGAGACCUGGCAUGAAUGCUAUCAUGGGCGCAACAGGAAGCGGUAAAACAUCACUUCUAGAUGUAGUUGCAGGAAGAAAAGACCCUGCCGGACUGCGGCAAGGAAAAGUCUUAGUGAAUGGAAAAGCUGUCACAUCUGAACUCAGGCUCAGCUCUGCUUAUGUAGUUCAGGACGAUAUCCUGAUGGGCACCCUCAGUGUGAGAGAGAAUCUGUUGUUCAGUGCCAACCUCCGUCUCAACCCGAAGCAAUACUCUACUAUGGAUAAACACAGCAAAGUAAAUGCCAUCCUACAAGACCUGGGUCUCACCGACUGUGCAAACACUAAGAUAGGGACAGAGUUUAUCCGUGGUGUAUCAGGAGGCGAGAGGAAGAGGUGCAGCAUCGGGAUGGAGCUCAUCACUUCUCCGUCUCUGCUGUUUCUGGAUGAACCAACCACAGGCCUGGAUUCCAACACGGCAAACUCCCUCAUCAAACUGCUGCACGACAUGUCCAGGAGAGGUAAGACUGUGAUCUUCUCCAUCCACCAGCCACGAUAUUCCAUCUUCAAACAGUUUGAUCAUCUGACCCUGAUGCAUAAAGGGGAGGUGGUGUAUGCAGGAGCAGCAGACCAUGCACUGGAAUACUUCUCAGACCUUGGCUACCAAAUUGAAUCCUUCAACAACCCUGCUGAUUUCUUUAUGGAUGUCACAAAUGGAGAGGCAAAAUCAACAAUUAUGUCGAUCUCUGCAGAUGACAGUCAAAAUCCUUUGGCAUCAAGGUAUCGCCAGUCCUCACUGUGCCAGAGAGUCCUUGAGGAGCUCGGCCGUUUAAACCUGAGCAGUGCUGAACGCGGCAAAGGUCAAGAUGAGCCAGUUGACUAUGCAACCUCUUUUCUUUAUCAGUUACGUGUUGUGUGCGGCAGGACAGUGCGGAACUCUCUGAGGAACCCUCAGACCUCUUAUGCCCAGCUGGCUCUCACCAUCACUUUUGCUCUUCUGGUGGGGCUCAUUUAUUACCAGAUGCCACUGUCGCUGCCUGAGGCGAUACAGAACAGGUCCGGAGCGUUCUUCUUCCUCAUCAUUAACAUGGUGUUUGCGAAUCUCUCUGCUGUGGAACUCUUCAUAAACGAAAGGGUGAUCUUCAUUCAUGAAAACUCAAGCGGCUAUUAUCGCACCUCCGUCUACUUCCUGUCCAAGAUCUUUGCUGACCUCAUCCCCAACCGAGUGAUCCCCAUCAUUGUGUUUUCAUGCAUCACCUACUUCAUGAUGGGUCUGAGGUCUGGCGUUGAGGCCUUCAUGUGUUUUGUUCUGACCAUGUCUCUGGUCAGUCUGGCAGGAGUGGGCUUGGCUUUCCUCGUCUCGGCAAGUGUUUCGACAUUUGCCAUGGCUAACGUCUUAAUUGCUCUGCCCUUGGUCUUCAUGAUGGUUUUCGGUGGUUAUCUGGUCAGUCUCAACAGUAUGCUGAGCUGGCUGUCCUGGCUGCAGUGGAUCAGUAUCUUCAAAUACGGACUGGAUGCGGCAUUCAUCAACGAAAUGAGAGGACAGGCAUUCUACAGCAACCGCACAAUCAUCCCAGGCGAGGUGUUCCUGGAUCUCCGGGGCCUGGAUUACUCUGCGUGGGGCUUCUGGCAGAACCACGUGGCUCUGCUGGGAAUGACAUUUGUCUGUAUGUCUCUGGCCUAUGUGCAGCUGCGACGAAUCAACCGCUGGAAAUGACACCUCUCCAUUAGUUUUUAUACAUCUGUCAACCAUGCACUGUCUUCAUCUGGUUUAUGUAGCAGAAGAGAAGAAAAAAAAAAAACUUUAAACCAGUGUUUCAGUGUUUCUGC